UAUAACCACUGGACAAUGCGAGCAGCCAUAUACUUCUUUAUUUUUCUAGACCUUUCUCUUGCCCUGUUUGAGGAGCCUGUGCUGUUUCCACUCCCUUUCCUGGCCACUGCCAUCGCCGAAGUUCUCUGCCUGCUGGCUUUCUUUGGGAGACCCGUACAUUAUGCCAAAGUCACUCCUCAGAUGGUUUUCUGGAAGGACACGAAAAACAUCUGCAUCAUGGUGACCAUUGCGCUGACCUUGGUGGACCUGGUCAUCCACAGGUCCUUGGCCACCACCGGUGUCCGCAGCAUCCGAUGGUCCAGAGCCCUGAGGCCCGUCUUCCUGAUUAACUUCCCUGACAGCCGUCAGAUCCGGAGAGCUCUCCGAAGCAUCCGGAACGCCCUGCCUGACAUCCUGUGCGUCUUUCUCCUGUUUGUGUUCAGUGUGCUGGUGUUCUCCCUCGUGGCCUGGAAGCUCUUUGGGGGCAGGGGUCUGAAGACGUUGGAAGGAUCCCCCUACUUCACGAGCAUCCUGGAGAUAGCCUUUGAGCUCUACGUGCUGGUGGCCACUGCCAACAGCCCUGACGUCAUGAUGCCCGCAUACAACGCCAGCCGCUGGUAUCUCUACUUCAUCACCUAUGUCAGCGUCAACACCUACAUCUUCAUGUCUGUCUUCCUGGCUGUCGUCUACAACAGUUACAGGAAGCACUUGAAGAAUGAGAUUCGCAAGCUGGCCUACCUGAAACGUCACAAGAUGAUGGCGGCUUUCAACAUCCCGAAGGUCCAGGUGGGUGCGGAGUUCGUGGUGCCGGAGGCGACGUGGAGGCGGCUGGUGAGGGCCGUGGCACCGCACCUGCGCGGGCCCCACCUGGAGCUGCUGCUGAGGACGUGCGAGGACGGCCGGAAGGGGCACGUGGACAAAACGAACUUUCUGCGCCUGGCGGACCUUCUCAACGUCCAGGUGGUGACCGCCAGCCUCAGGCAGCACCCGCUGGGAGCCUGGGCGCCGCGUGUGUACACGUCCCCAGCGAGCCGCCUCCUGCGAAGGGCCGUGCGGCGCAGGGCUUUUGUCUGGAUUUUCGACGUCGUCAUUCUGGUCAAUGCCGUGUUCAUCGCCCUGGAUGAGAGAGACCCCCUCGUUUCCCACGCGGAGUGGCUCUUCCUUUCUCUCUACGUGAUUGAGGUUCUCCUGAAACUGUACACGUACGAGCCCAGAGCCUACUUUGGAAGGAAGCGGUUCUGGAACUGGUUCGACGCGCUGAUCAUCGCUGUAGCCCUGGUGGCCAGUGUGGCCGACGCCACCCUGCAGUCCGGUCACGCGUACGACAGCCAGCGGAUCCUGGAUGUCGUCCUGAUCCUGAGGCUACUCCGGCUCCUGAGGGUCGUGGUCAGCAUCGAGAGGUUCCGGGUGAUCGUCAACACCUUGAUCAACAUCGGCCCCGCGAUGCUGACCUUCGGCGGCCCGGUCCUGGUGGUCUACUACGUGUUUGCCAUCAUCGGGAUGGAGCUGUUCCACGGCAAAGUCCGGUUCUGGGGCCUGAACGUCACCACGCCCGAGGCCCUGGCGUGCGGGAACCCUGCGCUGAGGGGCUCGGCGUUUGCCCGGGACGGGUACUGCGGGAACAACUUCAGCGACCUCGCCUCGGCCCUCGUCGUGCUGAUGGAGCUCACGGUGGUCAACCAGUGGCAUGUCCUGGCAGGUGGUUUUGCCCUGGUGACCCACGAGGCGGCAAAGCUGUACUUCGUGGCCUUCCACGUCGUGGUCGUCAUCCUCGUUGUGAAUAUUUUCGUAGCGUUCAUCUUGGAGGCAUUUUUCGUGGCAUAUUCACUAGAUAAAAGCGAAGUGGAGACUGCUAUCGAGAAGAAGAUCCAAGAGCUCGGCGUGGGGGUCCGAGAGGAGGACGUGCAGGACGGGGCGCGCGGGGACGCUGACCCCAGGGAUGCCGGCUCCGGUGGGGAUGACGGCGACAAGAGGAAGGCCUUCAAAGGGCUGUGCUUCAGGAUGGCCUCGAAAAAGUACAGGACCGUGGACACGUGGCUACAGCGGAUGUUUGAGUCUGAAAUCGCUCCUGAGGACGAAGGCCCUUCCCUGGAUGAGAUCCUGAACUUCUCGCCCAGCAACAUGUAUCUGAAGAACCCCAACUUUGAAAACAGCGCCUGAGACGGAGCUGGAGGCCGAGACAGGCUGCCGAGGCCUGUCAGCGUCUGCACCCCGGGGGCGCUCUCCAGCCGGGCCCCUGCUGAGCCCUUGCUCGCCGGGACGCCCCUGCCUUGCUGGGGGUCGGGGGG